AUGACAGUCGCAGGAAGAGGAAAGGGAGGAAAAGGAUUAGGAAAAGGAUCAGCAAAAAGACACAGAAAGACAACACAACAGACAAUGGGAAUAUCCAAGCCAGCAAUCAGACGCCUUGCCAGAAGAGGAGGAGUAAAGAGAGUUAGUGCAGGAGUAUACAGUGAGAUAAACAACAUGGCUAAGACGUAUCUUGAAGGAAUCAUCAGAUGCGCAGUGACAUAUUGCAAUCACGGAAAGAGAAAGACAGUUUCCUGCCAAGAUGUAUUGUAUUCACUGAAGAAGCAGGGGGUGACACUAAUUGGCUUUGGAUCAACAAGAUAA